AUGAAUUGGAAAGAUAUUAAGAAUAGAAAACUAGCAGAGCAAAGAAGUCUUCUCGAGCCUUAUUUGGUAUCUGAGGAUAAAAUUAGCCCCAUCGCAGAUCAGAAUGAUAUCGGUGAUUUGAUUGAUAAAUCUUCUUUCAUAACUCCCAAUCAAAAGAAAAUAACCAAUCUUGAGAUUACCGAACUCUUGUCACAUUAUCAGAAUGCAACUUUAUCUGUAAAAGAGGUAGUGACAGCAUUCUGCUUUCGUGCUACGCUUGCACAUCAGUUGGUAAAUUGCCUCACUGAAGUGAGGUUCUCUGAAGCCUUGCAGGAAGCAGAGCAACUUGAUGAGUACUUUAGAACGAAUGGUAAAUUGAGGGGGCCCUUACAUGGUAUUGUCGUGUCGCUCAAAGAUAACAUCAAUGUAGCCGGCCUAGCUUCGUCCAUGGGGUUUAUUGGUACCUCUAUUGAAAAGAAGAACGAAGAUGCUGCUAUGGCCACUGCAAUUAAGAGGCUAGGUGGAAUAAUUAUAGCCAAAACUAAUACCUCUCCAGGAAUGAUGUAUUCAGAGACCACAAAUAUGCUUUGGGGUCGUACUUUAAACCCCUGGAGUCGCAAAUUGCUCAACGUUGGAGGCUCAAGUGGUGGUGAAGGUGCAAUUGCUGCAUUGAAGGGUUCGAAUUUUGGAAUCGGAUCGGAUAUUGGUGGUUCUGUAAGACACCCUGCUGGAUUGAAUUUGGUCUAUGGGUUGAAGCCACUGAGUGGAAGAUUCCCCAAACACGGUACUGUCAGUGGCCAAGCAGGACAGGAAUCUAUCGUAUCAGUGUACGGGGUGAUUUCGAAUAGCCUUGCAAAUGUGGAGUAUGUAACGAAGACUAUCAUAGGUAGCAGUCCCUAUUAUGAUCUUGAUCCAAGCUGUAUCCCACUUGAGUAUAGAAAGUUUGAGGUAGAUCAAAAUGCUAAAUUGAAUAUUGGAAUAUUGACUAGCGAUGGCACUACCACUUCUACUUCUCCAGUGAUUAGGGGUUUAGGAAUCGUUAAACAUAAAUUGCUUGAAAAGGGUCAUAACAUUAUUGAUUGGAAGGACACCUACUUUACAGAGAUAAAGGACACCAUAUAUCCAUUUUAUGGUGCUAAUGGAUAUGCUGGUAUCAAAAAACUUAUAGAGCAGUCUGGUGAACCUUUAGAUCCCCAUCUUAAGUACGUUGAAGAUGGGAAGGACAUGGCAGUUUCUGAACUUUGGGAACUUCACAAGAAGAGAACAGAAUUGGCAAAAAAAUAUUUAGAUUUCUGGAAUGGUAAGGAAGACUGUGAGAGGUUGGAUGCUAUAAUUUCGUCUGUCACUCCGUUUCCAGGGUGCUUAAUAGACAAGAUUGUCCCACAGCCUGUCAACGCUAUUUGGAAUGCCUUAGAUUACAGCUCCAUAACUGUUCCAGUGACAAGAUGUGAUGUGUCGAAGGAUAAGCCGAUAGACAAAAAGAACUACUAUAUCUCUGAAGUCGAUAAGUUUGUGCACGAAACUUAUGCCAGAGAGACUGAAAAAUUCCAUGGGGGACCAGUAUCAGUUCAAGUUAUAUGUAAUAAGUUGGAAGAAGAGAAAUGCUUAGCGAUAGCAAGGUAUCUAAAUGACCUUUUGCACGAAAAUGAUCAAAAGUAG